UAUAUAUAUUAUAUAGGUAUCUUCUGCGGUGGACCUCCAUGAUUUCUCCAACUUAGUGCGAAAGCAUAGCCAACCGGCUGCAAAGAUUUCAACUUCUGAGUCAUACUGAUUAGCAGAUGAGCAUAUACAAUAUAAUAAACAGCAUUAGUGACAAAGACGUCUGAGGGAGGCAGGCAAAUUUAACAAGAGCAGGCUUGAAAGAUGGAAGUCGUGUUCAGCAGGGCAAGUCUCUUUUUUUUUUUUUUGGGUCUUGUGACAAAACUAUUUCAACAGGGCAAGUUUCGAUUGACUCCGCGCUCUAUUUCGGACAGCAUUUCCUCAAAACUUAAAAUGAAGUUUCAUAGCAAAACCUACAGAGAGUCAUCCCUUUUCUUUCAGAAUUAGAUUGUCUUACCAUUAUGUUUAUCCCAGCCUGUUUGCGUUUUCGUCUUUGUAAUGGCAUAUAUAGCCAUGGGAAUUGAGAAAACAGAGCAUAACCCACUUCUGCUAGAUUCAUCCCUUGGCUUUCAGAAUUAUACUGUUUCAGUUUUUCCAUCAUGUAUAUCCCACCCUGUAUACAUUUUCGUCUUUGUAAUGCAUAGAUUAGCCAUGGGAAUUGAGAAAGAAAGGGCAUAAUCCACUUCUACUAGUACUGCAUUGGGAUCCAACAAUGAUACGAAUCCUUAGUUGUUCUGUCCCUCUUUUUACUUUAUUUUGCACCCAAACUCCAUAGAGAUGCAAAACCCAAUUCAUUAGUUAGCAUAAGAAAGAAGCCAUUAAACCAUUCAAAAUAUGGUCUUUUGAAGUGGGGAUCAACCCAUAACCCCACUUCAUUACUUUACAGCUUUUAAAGCUGCCGACACUCAACUUCAGUUUCUACACUUUCUAUGAAACACUUUCCAAUCAUUUAUUUAUUCUGCCCCUCACUCCUCCGACCGGUUCCACUGAUCGAGAAUAGGUAGUCGCAGAAAGCGCAUGGUUUCUGUAGUCAUGAGUCCACUAACCUCGGAUGGAGGUUUUCUUUGCUUUUAAAGGAACAUUAACUAGGAAACGAACAUAGGACGUCCUUCUCUCUCUCUCUCUCUCUCUCUCUCCGUGGCUAGGGUUUCUCCGAGGUACGGAAUACCCUAAUUUUCAUUUUCUAGUUUUUUGUUUUGAAGCUGUUUCCCUUCUCGUAUUGAAUUUGAAUCCUGUGCAUUCAAGCUUUACGAAAGAGUGAAGAUUUUUUCUUAGUUUUGAUCCAUAUUCUCUGCUAAAUUCUGCGACUUACAAGGUGGGGGCCAAAAGCAAGUGCAAGUCAUUUGGAAAAGAAACUUGGUGUUUAAUUUUGAAAAUUCAAUUAAUUGAGGUUAGUAUUUGGAUUCUUGAAGCAGAGUUCUGAUGGAGGACUUGGAAAAAAGAUGACAUCUGAUUGAGGUUUUACAAGGGAGGCGACAAUGGAUCCACAUCCUAGGGGGUUUACGGGUUCCACUGAUGCAAUCCAAUUGGGCAAUCAAUCUUUUUCGGUUCUUUCUAAUCAAAACCCUGUUUCUAGACCCAGAUUCGGAAACUCCUUUUUUGAUCACGAGUAUAGGGGGUUUCAUUUCCAUCAACCGGAUGAGGCACCGAGUCAUAUGACCCCGUCCUCAGCUGGGGCACAGGGUGUGGAUUACUCGGAGGACUGUGACUUUUCCGACACUGUUUUGGGGUUCAUAAGUCAGAUACUCAUGGAAGAGGGCGUGGAGGAUAAGUCUUGCAUGCUUCAGGAUUCUCUGGAACUUCAAGCUGCCGAGAAAUCGUUCUAUGAGUUGCUUGGGAAAAAAUACCCCCCUUCCCCGAUUCAUAGAACAAAUCACAUCAAUGGAAAUGAUGAGAGCACAGAUGAUAAUCACUACGUAUAUCACAGUAAUUAUGCCAGUAGUACUAAUAGUAGUAGCUGUUUUGGUGAUAAUUCCUUGAUUCAAAAUCACGGAGAAUAUACCUCCCAAUUACAAAAUCUUCCCCUUGAUAUUAAUUCUCAGUCCUCGAAUAUCUAUUUAAAUAGUGAGACGAGUAGUGUGGAUGCCUUGGUGGGUUUUCCAAGUAGUACUUUUCAGGUGCCUGAUUCAAAUAGCAAGAACCAAUCUGUUUGGCAAUUCAGGAAGGGGGUUGAAGAGGCUAGUAAGUUUCUUCCAACCAGAAGUAAGUUGUUUGUUAACUCGGAGGCAGAUGGGUUGUUAUUUCAGAAGCCUGAGGCAGGAAGGGGCAAGAGGGAGGUUAAGGUGGAGAUGGAUGUUGAGGGGGAGGACUCACCUACUGGCUCAAGGGGAAAGAAGCAUCCUCAUGGAGGGGAGGAUAGAGAUACAGAAGAUGAGAGGUGUAGUAAGCAAGCCACUGUGUAUAUCGAAUCAACUCUACGGUCCAAGAUGUUUGAUAUGGUGUUGCUCUGUAGCGCAGGUGAAGGUAAGGCCCACUUGAUAGCCCUUCAGGAGACAUUGCAGAACGGCAAAAGCAAAAUUGUACAGCAGAAUGGAAUUAGCAAAACUGUGCCUCGGAAUGGGAAAUCAAAAGGAUCUAAUGGUGGAAGGGGACGCAGUAAGAAACAAAGUAGAAACAAGGAGGUGGUGGAUUUGAGAACUCUCCUUAUUCAUUGUUCCCAAGCUGUUGCAGCUGAUGAUCAGAGGAGUGCAAAUGAAUUGCUAAAGCAGAUCAGGCAGCACUCUACUCCUUUUGGGGAUGGAAAUCAGAGAUUGGCCCAUAUCUUUGUUGAUGGACUUGAGGCACGCUUGGCUGGAACUGGCAGCCAGAUAUAUAAAGGUCUAGUUAAUAAAAGAACAUCUGCUGCGGACGUCUUGAAAGCUUACCAUCUUUACCUUGCUGCUUGCCCAUUUAGGAAGAUAUCUAAUUUUAUAUCAAAUAAGACGAUAAAGAUUGAAGCUGUGGAGGCAACAAGUCUCCAUGUCAUAGACUUUGGUAUCCUUUAUGGUUUCCAAUGGCCCACCCUUAUUCAGCGGCUCUCAUGGAGACCUGGUGGACCCCCAAAGCUUCGGAUUACUGGAAUAGAUUUUCCCCAACCUGGAUUUCGGCCAGCAGAGCGAGUUGAGGAAACCGGACGUCGCUUGGCAACUUAUGCUGAGAGUUUCGAUGUGCCAUUUGAGUAUCAUGCCAUAGCAAAGAAAUGGGAAACCAUUCGAAUCGAGGAACUUAAAAUUAACAAGGAUGAGUUGAUUGUUGUAAACUGCUUGUAUCGAGGUAAGAACUUGCAUGAUGAAUCCGUAUCAGUUGACAGUUCAAGAGAUGCCUUCCUCAAUUUGGUGAGGAAGAUCAAUCCAGUUAUUUUCGUCCAUGGGGUUGUUAGUGGUGCCUUCAAUGCCCCUUUCUUUGUAACCCGGCUCCGAGAGGCAUUGUUUCACUAUUCUGCAUUGUUUGAUAUGCUUGAAACUAUUGUACCUCGAGAGGAUCGAGAAAGAAUGCUGAUUGAGAAAGAGAUCUUUGGUUGGGAGGCUUUGAAUGUUAUAGCUUGUGAAGGCUCGGAGAGAGUGGAGAGGCCUGAAACAUACAAGCAAUGGCAACUCCGAAACCUAAGAGCUGGGCUUGCCCAGCUACCUUUCGACCGGGAGGUUGUGAAGGCAGCAAUGGCUAAGGUGAGGUCCAGUUACCACAAAGAUUUUGUCAUUGAUGAAGAUAGCCGGUGGCUGUUGCAAGGAUGGAAGGGACGAACCAUCUUUGCCCUUUCUUGUUGGAAACCGGCCUAACGCUUGACAGGCACACUUGUCUUAUUGGGCCUGCCUCUCAUCUCCUUGGCAUUUGAAAAUGAUGAUUGAGGACCCAAGGUUAAUCAGUAACCUGGCAGUUAAAAGUGGUCAGACUGGAGAGAAGAUUGUUGUGUAAAGUGGUGGUAUGUAGUUAUCUUGUAGAGGACUUGAAUAUUCAAGUUAUAGCCGUUCCUCACCACAAAUGCUGUAUUCUAAUUACUCUUAGUCAGUCCAUUAGGUUUUUGAAUGUUGCCUAAUGCACACAGUCAACUUAAUAUUAACAUUUUUUUUUUUUUGAUAAGAAUAAUAUUAACAUUUAAAAGAGGAAACUGAUGUAACAAACCAUAAACGAAAUUAUAGUAUCUUUCCCCA